GCACUUUUCGCACUUCCGCGACACGAAGCAGGACCGACGCAACAUCGCUGACCGGCGUUCAAGGAGAGAAUGACCGGCAUCCAAACCUCAGUGGCUAAACGUCGGGCGGCCAUCGUUGCCGGCUCGAAGGCAAGACGUAGGUGUAUAUUUAUCUACACGAUGCAUGCAUAUUCGAUGCGAAACCGCGGAUGCGCUGAACUUCCCCCUGGCAGCAUUGACCACGCCAUACCUUGUGCUGUACAACCUGGCCUCCACUGGGGCGUGGAUGUAUCUGUUAUGGAAGCUUGUCGCCCAGAUUGUCGCCGACAAUGGGCAUCAUGAAAGCGUGUACGGUGCAACAGGUGAAAAGCUCACAAUCGUCCAAACCCUGGCGCUUCUGGAGGUUGCCCACGCCGCCCUUGGCUUGGUGAAGGCGCCUGUCACCACCAGCGCAAUACAAAUCAUAACCCGGCUGUUGAUAGUUCGUGGCGUGCUCAACUUCGUGGGGCUUCCUCUGCUACGCGAACACUGGGCUGUCUCCACCAUGAUCAGCGCAUGGGCAAUCGCUGACAUUGUGCGAUACAUCUAUUAUGUGUUCAACAUGGUGGGCAGCGUUCCUGGAAUCUUGCAAUGGGCUAGAUACACAUUGUUCUUUGUGCUCUACCCUAUCGGGGCCGGCUCGGAGUGGAUUCUGUUGAUCAAAUCUCUGCCCUACGUCAAAGCUAUCGAUGAACGGAUUUACUACGCGUACAUCGUUGUUGCGUGUUUGUACCCGCCAGGUCUCUACACAAUGUAUACUUACAUGAUGGCCCAGCGGAGGAAAUACAUCGGUGGUACUGAUUGGGUCGACCGCUCAAAGAAGAGUCGAUGAUUCCCUGCGGUGUUGGUGAUUUGAUGUUGGCAGAAAGUCAUACUACUCCCACCGGCCAAGGGCAACGUUCCUUAGCAUAGUUUAUUCAGAUUUUUAUAGCUUUUUGAAUCGUCUGUAAUGCUUGUAGGAGCCGGCGUAGUUCUCAGAAUAAUAUCCAAUGACGUGCGAAGAC